UCGAACACUAGCGGACUUGUAUCCGCCGGGAACUGGUCAACCAACCAAGGACAAGGCAGCUGUUUGCUUUAAUCUCCUUUAGCUCGUCAGAAACCGUUCAUGCUAGCUGCUAACAGUUAACACUACUAGCAUGUUUAAGAUGAUGCGGAUAAUUUGGCCCCGCUCUUCAUAUUUAUGCCUCUAGACUCUUAACAUUUGACGGCCAGGAAGGUUCUCACUUCCUUAUUUAACGAGUGUUUGUAUCCGUGUUGACUGUUGUUUGGGGGGAAAAAACUGAAGACAGUCGGAUCAUGACGACAGAAAGAAGCAGCAAAGCCCUGAAGGUGAAGCAGGAAUGUGGUGAGAACGUGCCCAUCCUUUCGGACAGCGAGCUCAUGUCCCUGUCAGUACGAGAGCUGAACCUCCAUCUGCGUGGCCUGUCCCGCGAGGAGAUCCAAAAGCUGAAGCAGCGCCGUCGCACCCUGAAGAACCGGGGCUACGCCGCCAGCUGCCGGGUCAAACGGGUGUCUCAACGCGAAGCCCUCGAGCAGCAGAAAAUGGAGCUCCAGAGAGAGGUGGAGAGGCUGGGGGCCGAGAACGCAGGCAUGAGGAAAGAGCUGGAGGGCCUCGGCGCACGUCUCGCCGCACUCCAGAGGUUCGCCAGGGGCUUGGAGGCUGGAGGGGGCCACUUGCUGGCUACAGCCCCACGCCUCAACACCGCCUCGGUCAUCACCAUAGUGAAGAGUCCGCCACAGCCUCAGGCACAGAGAGAACAGGAGCCGUCCUAGAAGGAGCUGCUGGAACCAAACGGGGGGGAGGAAGGGACGCACAACCUGCAAUGCAAACACACACACCUGCAGGCAUACAUAUUCUAUACAAACACAUGUCGAGAACAGGAAGACAAUAUUAGGAGGAAAGUACUAAAGCGCUUGUUUGCAUUACGCCUUGUUCACAUUUCCAAAUUCUGUUGGAUUAUAUAUGCAGGAGUCACCGAUUCCUGGGUGAUACAGUGUUGACAGGGUGGCAUGUAACGUCACCGUACGGACAACAGCUACACUUUUCCAAAGCAGCGGCCAGGAACAGUUGAAAAAUCAUCUAGGACGGGUGGAGGUGUCCUCUACUUAAUGCUAUUUCAUGACACUGCAGUUUUAGUUUACUGAAAUCUAGUAUUUAGUGUAUUUGUUUAGAAGCUCUCAAAGUUUAGAAUUUUGUUCAGAAAGAGUCAGCGGGUUUAUUAUGAAUGAGGCGUCAUCGCGCACACACACAUGCACAAAAACCCUCACACUCACACCCCCCUCCCGAUCCAUGUGGGGCGUAGACUUUGACUAACUGGACUCUGACUGAAGCCAGACCAUCCUAGAGUUACUGUACAUGUUCACGCUGCUCCUCCUCUGACUGUGCUGCAGAAAGGCUUCUCUCUGCUUCAGUUUUCGUGGCACCUGACUAACAGCAAAAACGGCAGGGUGGAGCAGACCUUGUGUGUGUGUGUGUGUGUGUGUGUGUGUGUGUGUAUAGCUUCCUACAGCUCUACAAUGGCUGCAUUCCUGGUACAGUUGUAGUCUGAAGUUACUCGCUGUUUCUUAUACCAGCCCAUGCGUCUCUGCUACUGUGCAAGAAAGUGUCCCAAAGUAGAGUCCCAAAGAGUCACCUUUGUUAGUCAUUAAUGAAGAGUUUCUCAACCUUGGUGUCGCCUGAUACGCAGGCAGGGUCACGAAAGUUUUCUAAGGCUGAUUGUGGCUUUUUUGGGGGUCUUUUUGUUUAAUCGUUUCAAAGGAUAAUUUCUAUAUGAUCAAUUUGAAAUGUCCAGUAACAGCAUGUCGUACUCACUUGACAGCUCUCUAACUGCUUGAGGAUUUUAGGAACACAAAUGGUCACACAGUCCAGAAAAAAGCUUGAGCAACGCUGCAUUUGUGAAUCAUAAGUUCCUUCAAUCUGUCCAUUCACGUCUUUGAUUCUUAGAGAUUUUGUAUUCACCUGCCACUGCUCCCUCCCUACCUGUUCUACCCAUCCAUGUGAGGGUAAAAAAGUAGUUUUGUACUGCUUGUGUACACAUUUCUCACAUGGAUGCAGUGCCUUCAGUGUAUGUUGGAGUUCCAAGAAUGCAAACCCAAGAGGGAAAAGGUUCAAAACAGACUGUAAUCGCUCCUUCUCGACUGUUCAUGACCGCACAUUUCUUUGUUCAGGAUUUCUCUGGAUUCUUUUUUUAUUUUUUUUUAUUCUGAGCUAUAAUCCAUCAUUGCUCAUUUCACGAUCCCUACUGUGCAGUAACUUUUGCUACAGUCUGCUGUGGCUUCCUCUUUUUUCAUAUCUGGUAGACUCCCAACUGCAGAUGUUGGUCAUUUUGCUAAAAACGUGUAAAAGCAGAGUCGCAUCUGGUAGGAAUUACACUCAAAGUCAAUGCAAGUCCUCUGCAUACAUUCCCGUUCUGUGUUCUUAUUUGUAUUUGUUUGUAUGUGCCGUUGAGAGACGAAAAUGUUGAGUGACAUUUAUCAGAGAUAUAUUCUAUAUUUUAUUUGUAUUUAAAGGUAGAUAUUAUGAAAAGACAAGCUAACGAGUGCUGUGAUGUUCUAUAUGUUUUCAGAAGUACUUACCUAUGACUAGUCUGGGGAUAUUCUCACGUCUAAUUAUUGUGUUGUGUGGCAACAAUGAUUACUUUACAAAAUGUUAAUUAUUAGCUAUGUAGAAUUAUGCUCAAAGCCAAUGGCCAUAUUGCUGUAUGAUGAUUCUUGUGUGUGUGUGUGUGUUUUUUGCCAUGUUUGUACUGGCUUGUCAUAGUGGAUUCUCGGAGGGAUAUUAUUUUUCUAUGAUGAUUUGUAUGUUAUUUGUGUGAAAACAAAUUGAGGUCGCUUCUGAAUUGGCUGGUUGGGCAGAUCCACGGGAUGUUAAAGGAAAACGGAAUAUGUGGAAAGAAAGAUGGAGAUGAGGAGGAGACAAGAAGGUUGAGGAGUUGUUGAUGGAUGGAUGGAUGGAUGGAUGGAGAAAGAAAGUAAGGCAAGGCAGACUGGGAAAGAAGGUGGGAAGAGGUGGUGCUUUAUUCACUUGAAAACUUCCAUCAGUCUCAAGCCUGUUUCAGUCAAGACGUGCUCAGACAGGCUUGGAGUUCGUGGAGUCUAGGCCACUGAAUAGUGCUAGCAAUAUCAUUUAUAAGCAGGCAUUGUAACCCAUUAGACCGUGUUGACAAAUAACUCCUAAAGAUAUGAGGCAUAUAUUUAGCUAUAUGAAUAUCAGUGUGGCAAAGCAUUUAUUCUCAAUAUUUUAACGUCUCACACCUGUCAAACUGUGCUGGAUGUUUUGUUAUACUUGCAAAACAAAAAUGGUUUUUGUAUUUAUUACUUGUAUUUUUUCUAUUGUGAAAAUUUAAGUACAUUGUCUAUUUUAUAUAUUAAUUAUAAUAAAUGUUGUACAUAUUGUACAUAAAA